ACGUGUAACAAAACGGAAUUUUGUUUUGUUUGAUCGUUACAGACAGCCAUUAGAUUCAUUUGCUGACUGACAACAUAUUUCAUUCAAGUUUUGCUCACAGAAAAAGUGCAAAAAUAUAGCAAAAAAACUAAUAAAAUAUAUAAUUCAACAUGGCUGAAUCAGAUGUGCCGGAAGUAGAAGGUGUGGAUAACGAUGCCGAACAGGUUUCCAAUCUGAAAUUAUAUGCAUGUGUUGGAUUUGAUGGCAAUACAAUUCAUGGUUUGCGAGCGCAUCCAAACGGUGUGGACAUCGUCUACCCCACGGGAAAUAAAGUUGUGAUAAAGAACAUGCAAACCGAGCGACAUGAUUUCCUCGCUGGGCACACCAAUUCAAUUUCCGCGCUGGACAUUUCUCGCAGUGGAAACUACGUAGCCUCCGGACAAAUUAAUCACAUCGGGUUUCUGGCAUCUGUCAUCCUUUGGGAUUUUCACAAAAGGGAGCUUCUCGCAAAGCAUGAAUGUCACAAAGUACGUGUUGAGGCAAUUGUCUUCUCUGCCAAAGACGACUUCCUCCUAUCCCUAGGUGGCCGCGACUGCGGGUCAGUUGUAGUGUGGGAUAUUAAACAAAAGAAGCUCAUCUGUAGCACGGAGGCAUCACGCGGAACGCAAGGCGAUGCUUUCGUCCUCUAUCCAAUGAACUGCCGUGAUCCCUGUUUCAUGACAGGUGGUGAUGGCACGUUGAUGAUUUGGAAAAUUGAUGCGGCAGCUCGAUCCAUCACCGGUACCUCGGUAAGUCUUGCUAAAUUGAAACGCAUAGUGCUAUGCAUGGCAGCAAAUGACCGCGAUGAGAUUUGCUUCUGCGGAACGAGCACGGGCGAUGUAUUAAAGAUACGUCUGAAUUUCCAUCAUGAUGUGGAAGUUCUAGACCCGCAAAAGUUACCCAUGAUGAUUGGAUGUUUUACUAAAAUUAGCAAGAAGAAGUUGCCGGCUGGCACCGUAGAACUCUACCAAAUGGGCAUCCGGUCUAUCAUUUUAACAGCGCAGGGCGAGCUUGUUAUUGGUGCCGGUGAUGGUACUGUUGAGUUGGUUGUAGAAAAUCCCAAAUAUUUGGAACGUUUGAAGAAGCCAUCUAGUAUUGCUUACAAGUUGUGUACACUGCCCGAAUUUAAAGUGAUAAGGACUGCACAUGUUAAAACAGCCGUAACUAGUCUGGUGAUGAAAGAUGAUGACACUAUGUAUGCAGGCACGCAAAAUUGUGAAGUUUUCCUCAUUGAGUUUAAAACAUUCGUCGUGAAACUCUUAAUCACGUGCCACACUUCAACAAUAUACGACGUGGCAUUUCCCCACCAUUUCCCGGAUGUAUUUGCAACAGCAAGUAUUCACAAUAUCCGGAUUUGGAGCACCAAAACCGCUACCGAAUUGCUGCGGAUAAUGGUACCGAAUUUUACAUGUUCCAAAGUCAUUUUUACCUAUGACGGCAAAUGUAUUCUUUCGGCAUGGAAUGACGGCGUCAUACGCGCAUUUACUCCGCUAACAGGACGACUAAUGUAUGCUAUAAUGGACGCACACAACAAAGGUGUAUCGGCUUUGUGCGUCCUAAAAUCGGGCCGCAUGAUCAUCAGUGGUGGUUGUGAAGGACAAGUUCGAUGUUGGGAUAUCAAGCCCACAACUCAAACACUUAUCUGUACACUGAAGGAGCACAAAGGUCCAGUGUCCUCAAUUCACAUCAACAAUGCAAACGAUGAAGCGGUCAGUGCUAGUACCGAUGGCAGUUGCAUUAUUUGGGACAUUGUACGUUUCGUCCGGCGGCAGGUUAUCUUUGCGAAUACGUUGUUCAUGACGGUAGCGUAUCAUCCCAGCGACGUGCAGAUUUUAACCUCAGGUUCGGACAAGAAAAUCUGCUACUGGGAAGUUUUAGACGGCAGUCUCGUACGCGAAUUGGAAGGUUCUUCGUCAAGCGCGGUGAAUACGAUUCAUAUGAGUGGCAAUGGAGUCGUUUUUGCAUCGGGAGGAAAUGAUCAAAUUAUCAGAGUGUGGAAUUAUCAAGGCGGUAAUACUACUCACAUUGGUGCGGGACACUGUUCAGUCGUAACUGCUGUUUCGUUCAGUCCCAAUGGGAAAUAUUUAGUGAGCACCGGCGGGGCUGGUGAAAUAUUCAUCUGGAUGGCUCCUAAAACCGCGCAGGAACCAUCAUCACACGAAUUGACAAGCCUUGGAGGUGGAGAUAGUUACUCAGUAGUGAAAGGCGCCGAGGAACACAUUUCCAAACUCCCGCGUCAUUGCAGAUGCAAGAACAAGGCUUGUGUACCUCUAAGUAGAGUUGGAAGGUGCAAGAAGUAAUGCUGGAUAUGGAUUUAAAUCUACAAUAUUAAUUUACAAUUUUAUACCGGACCUUUUACACAAGAUGGAAAUUAAAUAUUUUCAUAUCAA